AUGUGUCAGUACUGGAAAAAUUUCGAUUUGCAAGAUUUACAGAAGAAUCUCGACACUACUGCUACUGAAAUCGCUAACCGACAAGACGAAAGUGACAUUUCGCGUAAAAAAUUAGUGGAUCAAAGUCGUGAUUUUAAAAAGAACACACCGGAAGAUGUACGGAAAGUUGUAGCCCCUCUGUUACGUAGUUUUCAGAGCGAAGUUGAUGCCCUCUCCAAACGGAGUAAAUUUGUCGAAACGUCCUUUUUAUCUGUUUAUAAGAAACUCAUUGACAUGCCUGACCCUGUACCAUUCCUGGAACAUGCACUAAACAUACAGAAAAAAGCACAGAAAGUGCAGGACCUGGAGAUUGAAAAUAAGCAAUUAAGGGAGACAUUGGAUGAUUAUAAUCAUGAAUUUGCUGAAGUCAAGAAUCAAGAAGUGACCAUUAAACAGCUGAGAGAGAAGUUAAAAGAAUACGAAGAUCGGAUGGAAGCCACAGCUGAUGCCCGGGCAAAAGAGAAGGAAAAAGAAGUUCAGAAAGUUUUUGCCGAAAAAGAGCGUCAGUUACAAGAGACUCAAAUGUCUGUAGCUAAGAAAUUGGGCGAAGCAGAACAAAAAGUGUCCACUUUACACAGUGCCCUUGAAUCAGUUCAGUCGGAGUUGUUUGAUGUGAAAGCAAAAUACGAUGAAGCAACAAUGGCUAAAUCUGACGAAACAGAAAUGAUUAUGGCUGACCUGGAGAGAGCCAACGAAAGAGCAGCGGCUGCUGAACGUCAGGUGGAGCAGUUGAUGCAGCAACAAUUGAUUGCGUCUUCUCAGAAUAUGCAAGAAUCAAUAAGUUUACAAAAGGCCCCAGAUAUGGAGCAAGCACUUGACAUUUUAAAGCAUUCCAACCUGGAAGUGGAGCUGUCUGCAAAGGAGAAAGAAAUAUCUCAACUUGUUGAUGAUGUCCAGCGCUUGCAAGCAUCUCUUGCAAAAUUGCGUGACUCUUCAUCUGUUCAAAUUACAAAGCUGGAAGAAGAAUUAAACACUCAGAGUAAAGCAUAUCAACAACUGGAAGAUAAAUUGCAGUCACAGAGAGAUUAUGAUGAAAUUUAUAGAGAAUUAAGUGUUAUGAAAUCCAUUGAGUUUUCCAAGUCCUCAGAAGAAGAUCUUGUAACAUCUCAGUCCAAAUCUCUUGAACUUUUGCUUCUGGAAAAAAACAAAAGUCUUCAAGCUGAGACAACUCAACUGAAGAUGGCUCACAGUGAGCUUUCCAAGCAGUACAACAAAUUGCAAGAAAAUUAUAAAGAAGCAGCUUCAACAAUAACUGAACAAAAAGGCAUGAUAUCACAGCUGGAGGAAGAUUUACGAAGUGUAAAUGCUCUCUCAUCUAUGUUUCGGGGUACUGCUGAGGGUAUUGAGGCUAAACCAACCACCCCAACUACUGAAAUGAUGGCUGACUUUGUGAAAGAGAUGACCCCACCUGUUAAUGAUGGGGACAAGUCUACAUUGACUGCAGCCUCUUCGCUUCUUCCUAUUGUUCAAAGCCAAAGAGAACGUUAUCGUAUCAGGGCCCAGGACUUAGAGGCUCAAAAUCUUGUUCUCAAACAGCAAGUAACUUUAUUACAAAAUGAAACUGAUAAACUCAGAUCAGACAAUGUCAAACUUUAUGAAAAAAUUCGCUUUUUGCAAAGUUACCCAAACAAAUCUGAAAACCAUGCAAGUAGUGUGGACGAUACUGAAAGUCAGUAUUCAUCACAGUAUGAAGAACGUCUCAAUCCAUUCAAUACAUUCAACCGUAAAGAGAGAAUGAAACGCUACAUGAAUCUGAAGCCAUAUGACAAAAUCACACUGAGCAUGGGCCGUUUUAUCAUGGGCAACAAAGUGGCACGGACUGUUACUUUCUUUUACACCAUUUUUCUUCAUUGCUUUGUCUUCCUUGUUCUUUACAAAUUAGCACACACAGAAUCCUGCAAACGUGAUAUGGCUGCUGAGUGCCAGGAAAGGUUUGCUGCCCACAUGAUGAAAUUUCACAAAGGACAUGAAUAA